GGUUCUUGUAGAAGUAGAUACAUGUAAUAUGCAUCAUGCAAGCAAUCAAGUGUCUCGGGUCAGUGCGUCAGUGUCCCGGGUCAGUGCGUCAGUGUCCCGGGUCAGUUGGUUAGUGUCCCAGGUCAGUGUCCCAGUGUCCCAAGAUAAAAAACUUGUGGUUCUUGUAGAAGUAGAUACAUGUAAUAUGCAUCAUGCAAGCAAUCAAGUGUCUCGGGUCAGUGCGUCAGUGUCCCGGGUCAGUGCGUCAGUGUCCCGGGUCAGUUGGUUAGUGUCCCAGGUCAGUGUCCCAGUGUCCCAGUGACCCACUUUCCCAGUUUGCAAGCAAUCAAGUGUCCCGGGUUGGUGGGCCAGU